AUUACUGACACACGCCUCGAAGCCUCGGCUCAUCACGUAACAUCACUAAAGAAACGACAAAACCAGAUGGGCUGUCCUCACAUUUACUUUAGGUUUGAACGCCCGUUGUUCGGCGGUGGCUCCAGUCCGGUUCUUCUGUGGUUCUGUUGCGUCUCAGUCUGUUCAGAUCUGCAGCUCUUUGGACCGUCUGAACAAACUGUGAAGGUAGAAAGUGUGUGUGAGCUGAAGUGCGUUCAGCAGCAUGGAUCAGUGUGAGGACAGAGAGGAGGGAGUCCCUCCCUCUAAAACCACUCUGUGUGGGGAAGAUGAGAGCCAGAGCAAACGUCGGAGGAUCCAUCAGAGACUCGAACCAGAACCAGAACCAGAACCCAGCUGUGUGUCCUUUAAGAGUGACUGGUCAAAGAGUGUGAUCAUUGAUUUUAAAUCUCCUGGAUUUCCACCAUCAGAGAGACUGGACCAGGACCAGCAGAGCUCAGAGGUUCCCAGUGGUCCGUCUGCCCAGCAGCAUCAAACACAGCUGGACUCCAUAUUUAUGCUGCUGGAGGACAACAUUGUCACUUUUGUGAAGAAAGAGCUGAAGAAGAUCCAGAAGGUUCUGAGUUCAGAUGACCCAGAAUGUUCAGAGAGUCAGAGAGAGGAUGAGGAGGAAUUUGAAGGUGAGGAUGAAGAGCAGAGGAGGAGGAAGAGCAGCAGAGAGGCAGUGAUGAGGAUCACACUGAACUUCUUGAGGAGAAUGAAGCAGGAGAAGCUGGCUGACCAUUUGCAGAGCAAACAUCUUACUGCAGUUGGUCAACAUAAACUAAAAUCUGGUCUGAAGAAGAAGUUCCAGUGUGUGUUUGAGGGAAUCGCUAAAGCAGGAAGUCCAACCCUUCUUAACCAGAUCUACACAGAGCUCUACAUCACAGAGGGAGGGACUGGAGAGGUCAAUGAGGAACAUGAGGUCAGACAGAUUGAAACAGCAUCCAGGAAACCACACAGACCAGAAACAACAAUCAGACAAGAAGACAUCUUUAAAGUCCAACCUGGAGGAGCUCAACCAAUCAGAACAGUGAUGACAAAGGGAGUGGCUGGCAUUGGGAAAACAGUCUUAACACAGAAGUUCACUCUGGACUGGGCUGAAGACAAAGCCCACCAGAACAUCCAGUUCAUAUUUCCAUUCACAUUCAGAGAGCUGAAUAUGCUGAAAGAGAAUAAGUUCAGCUUGGUAGAACUAAUUCAUCACUUCUUUACUGAAACUAAAGAAAUCUGCAGUUUUGAACAUUUCCAGGUUCUGUUCAUCUUUGAUGGCUUGGAUGAGAGUCGACUUCCUCUGGACUUCCACAACAAGGAGAUACUGACUGAUGCUACAGAGUCCACCUCAGUGGAUGUUCUGCUGACAAACCUCAUCAGGGGGAAACUGCUUCCCUCUGCUCACUUCUGGAUAACCACACGACCUGCAGCAGCCAGUCAGAUCCCACCUGAAUGUAUUGGCAUGGUAACAGAGGUCAGAGGAUUCACUGACCCUCAGAAGGAGGAGUACUUCAGGAAGAGAUUUAUAGAUAAGGAGCAGGCCAGCAGGAUCAUCUCCCACAUGAAGACAUCACAAAGCCUCCACAUCAUGUGCCACAUCCCAGUCUUCUGCUGGAUCACUGCUACAGUUCUAGAAGAUGUGUUAAAGGAUAGAGAGGGAGGAGAGCUUCCUAGCACCCUGACUGAGAUGUACAUCCACUUCCUGGUAGUUCAGACCAAAGUGAAGACCGUCAAGUAUGAUGAAGGAACUGAAUCAGAUCCACACUGGAGUCCAGAGAGCACGAAGAUGAUUGAGUCUCUAGGAAAACUGGCUUUUGAUCAGCUGCAGAAAGGAAACCUGAUCUUUUAUGAAUCAGACCUGACAGAGUGUGGCAUCGAUAUCAGAGCAGCCUCAGUGUACUCAGGAGUGUUCACACAGAUCUUUAGAGAGGAGAGAGGGCUGUACCAGGACAAAGUGUUCUGCUUUGUUCAUCUGAGUGUUCAGGAGUUUCUGGCUGCUCUUCAUGUUCAUCUGACCUUCACCAAGUUCAGUGUAAAUCUCAUGGCUGAUAGACAGAAAGCCUUCAAGAUAUCUUCAACGUUUAAAAAACAACCUAGAAGGCUAAAUCUUUAUCGGAAUGCCAUUGACCAGACCUUAAAGAGUCCAAAUGGACACCUGGACCUGUUCCUCCGUUUUCUCCUGGGACUCUCACUGCAGACCAAUCAGAGACUCCUACAAGGUCUGCUGACACCGACAGGAAGUUGUUCUCAGGCCAAUCAGAGACUUUUACAAGGUCUGCUUGUACAGACAGGAAGUAGCUCUCAGACCAAUCAGAAAACAGUUCAGUACAUCAAGGAGAAGAUCAAUGAGAAUGCAUCUGCAGAGAAAAGCAUCAAUCUGUUCCACUGUCUGAAUGAACUGAAGGAUCGUUCUCUAGUGGAGGAGAUCCAAGAGUCUCUGAGUUCAGGAAGUCUCUCCAGAAACAAACUGUCUCUUGCUCAGUUGUCAGCUCUGCUCUUCAUCUUAGUGUCAUCAGGAAAAGAUCUGGAUGAGUUUGACCUGAAUAAAUACUCUGCUUCAGAGGAGGCUCUUCUGGGGCUGCUGCCAGUGGUUAAAGCCUCCAACAAAGCUCUACUGAGUGGCUGUAACCUGUCAGAGAGAAGCUGUGGAGCUCUGUCUUCAGUUCUCAGCUCCCAGUCCUCCAGUCUCAGUGAACUGGACCUGAGUAACAACAAUCUGGAGGAUUCAGGAGUGAAGCUUCUAUCUGCUGGACUGGAGAGUCCAAACUGCAAACUGGAAACUCUCAGACUGAAUGAUUGUAACCUGUCAGAGAGAAGCUGUGAAGCUCUGUCUUCAGUUCUCAGCUCUCAGUCCUCCAGUCUCAGAGAACUGGACCUGAGUAACAACAACCUGCAAGAUUCAGGAGUGAAGCUUCUCUCUGCUGGACUGAAGAGUCCAAACUGCAAACUGGAAACUCUCAGCUUGUCAGGUUGUCUGAUCUCAGAGGAAGGCUGUGCUUCUCUGGUAACUCUAGUGUCCAGGAAGAUUUCAGCUGAUUGUGGAAAAAUCAUCCUGACUGAGAACAGGAGAACAUGGAGCUAA